UUCUUACGUAUAAACUAUUCUUGAAAGAACAGUAUUUUUUGACAUAUAAUUAAUAGCCUUAACAAACAUAAAUUAUUAAUUAUAGAUUCAUAGAAGGAAUUAUUUGUAGUGAAGCACUUGAGAAAUAAAAUAAACGAGUAAAUGAGCAAAAUAAAUGAAACUAAAAUAAUUAAAUAAAUAGAGUAAAUAAAUAGAAAAGCCUAAUGAAUUAUCGUGAGUUCUAUGAUAUCGUAUUCAAUCGGUCCACGUCUCUGACGGUAGUGAAAGUGCACACGUUCGUAUGUACCCCACCUUUGACGAUGAAUAAACGUGCGUGCGCGGACAUAUUGACGUUAACUGGCCUAAGACCGGCCCGCGUAAAAUGAAGCGGGGCAAAACGUGUUAGUCCCCGAACCAAGAAACUUCUCAACAUAGAAAAGACAAAUAGUUGCUCCUUGUCGAUGUUGACGGGCCGUCGAAUAUUCUAUCGAGCUCGUAUUGGCAUAAUAUCAAAAAAAAAAAAAAGAAAACAUUAAUCUUUCAAUAUCGACAACGUUAAUCGAAAAAACGUUAUUACAUUACAGUCUUCCGUUCUUGAUGGACCAAUCCUCGAACGGUGCGACUUGUUAUCUAAUCGAAAGUAAUUUCUUUUAAAUUCCGUAAUUCGUAGUCGUGUCGUUAACUGCUUAACGAUCUUGUAAAUCGUCUUCCAUAAUCAUCGUUUAUCGUCUUCAGUGAUCGGUCACGUGCGUUUCACUCGAUGUAAUUAUUUUGCGAUAUCAACAAAGUAACGUACGACGAAACGUGAAACAUUGAUUGUGUACAAAGUAAUAAUAAUAUAUUAUAUAUAUAUGUGUGUGUAUUUAUUCGGCGAGUAAAUGUAAAAGAAGUAUUAUCAGAUUAUAAACCGAUCGACACGUUUAUGUGACGUGUGAACAACGAAGAAAUUUGAAGAAACAAUGAAUCGGAAGACGAGAAUAAUUUUAGCAGAACUAUUUCUAUUUAUAUUUUUAGCCGGAACACAGGGUGAACCUUGUACGGAGUAUGGUUGUCCUGGACGACCACAAUAUGAACCUUUCGUCCCAGCACCUCCAGGACACACCCCGAGAUGUGCCAAGCCAGGACAAACGUUUUGUGAGUCUCUGGACCAUUAUCCUCAACAGCUUAUAAAAUUCCUCGUCGAUAAGUGUAGUUUUGACUUCAGUACAGCGUUGAGAGAUGAGUCUCAUGAAGAUUUCAAUGCUUACAGCUCAUCACCUGAUUAUCAUCAAGGUUACGAAUAUCCGCGACAAGAUACCCCUACUUUAUAUUCACAGCCUUUGCCUAUUUUACCAACUCACUAUCCAGUGAGUAGACAACCAACUUUAAUAUACGGGCCACCGUUUAAUAGUACUCAUCACAAUGGGUACAAAUAUGCGGUACCUCCAAGACCUGAAAGAAAUCCAUUUUUGGAUGUAGAAUCCUCAGCGAAGUAUCGUCCACAACAUUCAGAAUAUCCUAUAUACUCUCAAGCGCCAUCUUUGAAAUCAUUCAAGCAAGAUCAAACGUGGUGGACGAGUAAUGGGUAUGUACGUAGCAAUAAAAUGGCACCACGAACGUUCCACGAGAAUCCGCUCUUACAGUAUGUAAACCUGAAAACGGAACGAACGAAGAGGCAAGUGAAUACGGAUACCGUCGUUCUUUGUCCAACUGAAGCGCAAUACAUCACACCAAAAGCUGCCCUUAACAAUCGAGGUAACUGGAUGUAUGUCGUUAAUCUCGCAGAACAGGACGACAAAUAUUCGCAACUUGUCAAAAGUGAAAAGUGUUCAACGAACACUUGUAAUGGUCUAUGCUCUCUUCCUGCUGGAUAUACGAGCACAUGCCAGCAACAAUUUGUGCAAAAGAGACUGGUUGCAUUAGAGGGAAGCGGAAAUCGACUUUACACUGAUAUUUUUUGGUUCCCACAUGGUUGCUCAUGUCAUGUUAGAUUUAACGGUUUAUAAAAAUAACAUAUUUAUUAAUUAGAAAUUUAAGUAAUCGCAAUAACGAUUAGCAAAGAGAAUAUCAUCAUAAAUUCUUCCAUUAUCGUGAUAAAAUAAAAAAUCAUCGAAACGUAGUAAAGUCAAUAAUAAAGUACAGUAUGAAUAAUUUCGUUACGGUUGAAUUGGUAGACAUUUCAAGAAAUGUUUCAUUAAACAAAUGAUACAGCAAGAUAUAAUUACUUAAGUAUAAGAGUAUAUCAAAAGAUUAGUAUGUAAAAAAACUAUGAUAGUAUUGUGAUCAUAUUUAAUAAGAUAUUACUAAAAAUCAAUGUAAGUAACAACAACACAUUAUUAAUUUACCGAUAAUUAACAUCAUCAAUGCGAUGAAGCAUGAAGCAAGUGCGAAAAAGCAAAUGGAAACCACUUACUAUUUUGUAAGAUUGACCGGCUGUUCGGUUAGUAAAACAGUUCUUUAUUAUUAUCAAUGAAUUGCAUCGAAAAUAGAACUUUACUAUUAUUUUAUUUGGCUUGUAAAUCAGGACUUUAUCAAUCGAGUAGUCGAUAAAACAAAAAUCUACUAUUAUUCAUUGAUGAUAACACCGGGAACUAUUUUAAUGACUGACAGUAAAACAAGGAUUUUUUGCCAUCAUCUAGUGACUAGACAGUCUAUUGCAGCUAUUCUACCAAUAAAACAGAGAUCUACUAUUAUCUCUUGCUCCGUUUACUGGAUUAUAUCGAUCGGUAUAACUGCGCCCUGUUAUACGACUAAUUUUUAGGGUGAUUCAUAUAU